GGUUGUGUGUGUGUGUGUGUGUGUGUGUGUGUGUGUGUGUGUGUGUGUGUGUGUGUGUGUGUGUGUGUGUGUGUGUGUGUGUGUGUGUGUGUGUGUGUGUGUGGUGGUGAAUGAAGGUCACUGCAGGGGGGGUGGUGCAGAGACGAGCUGAUCAAUGUUCUCUCUGCCGCUGCUCUGCUGCAGUCGCUCGGCCACUGCCCCUCCAGGCUCUGUCUGUCUGUCUGUCUGUCUGUCUGUCUGUCUGUCUGUCUGUCUGUCUGUCUCUCUGUCUCUGUCUCUGUCUCUGUCUCUGUCUCUGUCUCGCUCUGUCCCUGUUCUGGAACCCUGAGAUGUGGUCCUGUUCUAGAACACACAGAUGUUCCAGAGCCAGAGAUGGCAACGUUUUGCUAUAGCUGGUUUUAUGUCCCCAGUAGAUCAUUCUGCUGUUAAAAUAGUUUGGUAAAAUCAUACAGAACAUUAUAGUUGAAAGUAUUUUAAUUGCAUGGAAAUAGCAACACAUCAUUGUGUCUAUCGUUGUAUAUCUGUGUCCUAGAACCUAGAUAUACAACGAUAGAUACAUCACAUGGAACCUAAUUCCAUAUCCCUUCAGGGCAGAGUGAUUACAGGAGCUCUGGAGAUAUUGUCCGACCUUGGUUUUGGUGGUUCAGGGAUCGUGUGGACAAACGUCAGUUUGUGGAAAUUAGUUCUGGUGUUUUCCUCCUCUGGUGAACAAUGGAUCAUUCAUUGUGUCGCCUGAACGCUGAAGACACAUCUGUUGUUCUGAAACCGUCAUGAGACGCUCUAUUCAUCAGUGGUGGCAGAACACAGAAAGUUAUAUCUUAUUCUGUUUGUUGUGUUGCAACAGGCAUCAUUUAUACUCUCUGUCUCUUCGUCUCUCUCUCCAUCUCUCUCACUCUCACUCUCACUCUCUCUCUAUUGGCGUGGGAUAUAACAAUAUUACCGAUAAGUGUUGCCUUUUGAUCAGGGUUAGUUUCUCAAUCUCUGAGAGUGAGAUGCUGUGAUGAUGGGGGUCGUGUUUUAUUAAUGUUCAGAGCUGGGAGGACGUGUCCAUCAGUGUGAGGAGGAGAGGACACGUCGGAGCUAAAAAUAAUGAAUAAUAUAAAUAUAAUUAUAUCCUACGAUAUGCUGCUUUCACCACACACUCGUUCCUACUUGUUGAGAACAAUGGAAGACCAGUGUUCAACUUUGCAUAUCUCUCUCUCUCUUAUCUAUAUAUGUUUGUGUGUGUGUGUGGUCCAUUGUACUUGUCAGUAUUUUUCCGUUGAACCAUUGAAGGCCUUUUCUGAGAGCAUGAGAGCAGAUUUGUGGUUCUGUUGGUUCUUUAUCCGUGGUCGAUUGUAAGUCCUUUGCAAACGACAACACACCAAAAAUUACUCUUUGGACGUAAUCUCGUGUGUGUGUGUGUGUGUGUGUGUGUGUGUGUGUGUGUGUGUGUGUGUGUGUGUGUGUGUGUGUGUGUGUGUGUGUGUGUGUGUGUGUGUGUGUGUGUGUGUGUGUGUGUGUGUGUGUGUGUGUGUGUGGUGAUUAGAAAUACUGAAAUUCCAGGCUGCCUUAGUCGGCUUGCCACUCUCCAUCUCUCUCUCUACCUCUCUCUCUGCCUCUACCUCUCUCUCUGCCUCUACCUCUCUGUACCUCUCUCUCUGCCUCUACCUCUCUAUCCAACUCUAUAAACUCUCAACUCUCUCCCCUUCUCACAGUUUCUCUCCACAUCUCUCACCCUCCUUCUCCACAUCCACCCUCCUCUCUCACUCCUUCCCUCCCUCUCCUCCGUUCUCUCUCGACCUUAGUGACCACCUCGCUCCACCUCAGAAGCGCUGGUUGGCUGUGGUCUGUCAGAGCCCUCUUUCUGGAUUACUGGGCUCAGGUCCGGCCCCUUAGAGCCCUCUGGCCCCUCAGAACAUGCGCUUAGUGUUAGUUCUCCUCUGUGAUGAGGCUGAUAUCGUCGCUAUUGUAGAUGGUUAUUGAACGAGCGUUGAUGAUUGGUCUGUCUGCAUUUGGCUGAUUAUGAUGAUGGAGGAAAGGCUGUGAAAGAGUUCUGUGGGGGUCUUGACUUUGGAGAGGAUCAGGACUUUAACUUCCCAAGAGUUGGUUUUUCCUCCAUGUUCGGUCCGUUGUACGGUAAACAACGUAUGGAGAAACACGUAAUCUCUGAACAAACUACCCCAGUGUGAUCCGGAGGUCUGGAGAACCCGGACUUUACCUUUCACUAAGCGUUUAUUUUCCUCUUCGGCGAUCGGGUCGGAUUAAAUUUGGUAAAUGAUGGCGGAGACACACUCCCUGUGAAAAACUGCUUUCUGGGGACCUGAGUUAGUGGUAAAUCCGGGACCUCCAUUUUGUUGGGUGCGGAGGACUCAUGGCCGCCGCCAGCUUUCGGACCGGGGCUGUACCCGGGACCCCCCAGUCCGGCCGCCACACGGGGGGGUCCGGUAUGGGGGUGGUGCCUGGUACGGGGGGGACGGUGGGGCCCGGUACCGUGUCAGAGCGCCGGUGGAUAACCGGGUCCAACAUGGAGGACAGCUUUGAGUUUCUGUUCAACGGGACGUUGAACAAGAUCAAGAGCCACAAAAUGAACCUAAACCUCAAGGAGGAGCUCCGGAAGCUGCGGGAGGAGACCAACGUGGACCUGCUGCGGCAGGAGCUGGAGAAGGAGAGAGGGAAGCGGAUAGACCUGGAGCAGAGGAUGAGCGAGGUGCUCCGGACCAGGUUAGAGGACUCUCCACCACAGCCACCCCGUAAGCAGCAAUCCCCCACCAACACCCGGACAGACAAGCCCCAGCGCGAGGAGUGGAGCUCGCGGUUCCAGCGCUGGUGGUACGACCGCUUCGGGGUCUACAUGGAGGACUUCCGCUUCCAGCCGGAGGAGACCACAGUUGAGGCAGAGGAGCCGCUCAGCGCUAAGAGGCUGACUGAGAACAUGAGGCGACUCAAGCGCGGGGCGAGGCCGGUCACCAACUUCAUGAGGAACCUGUCGGCGCUCUCCAACUGGCACUCCGUCUACACCUCGGGCAUCGCCUUCAUCAUCUACAUGAACGCAGCGUGGCACGGCUGGGCCAUGCCCAUGUUCCUCUUCCUGGCCAUCCUCCGCCUCUCCUUAAAUUACCUCAUCGCCAGAGGUUGGAGGAUCCAGUGGAGCAUUGUGCCUGAGGUCUCAGAAUCUGUGGAUCCUCCAAAAGAAGACUUGACUGUUUCUGAGAAAUUCCAGCUAGUUCUCGAUGUUGCUCAGAAAGCACAGAACCUCUUUGGAAAAAUGUCAGAUGUUUUGGAGAAAAUAAAAAAUCUGUUCAUGUGGGUGCAGCCUGAGAGCACCCAGAAGCUCUACGUGGGUCUGUGGGUGGCCUUCAUCACCUCCUGCCUGCUGCCCUACAAACUGAUGGGCUUCAUGAUGGGCCUGUACGCUGGUAUUAAGUUCUUCAUCAUCGACUUCAUCUUCAAGAGCUGUCCCAAGCUGCGGGACAAAUACGACACGCCCCGCAUCAUCUGGAACAGCCUGCCCACCGACCCACAGCUCAAGGAGAGGACCAACGCCACCGUGUCUAGACGGGUCCAGCCCGUGGUCUCUCGUGGCAGCAUCGCCACCAUCCCGUGCGGCGUGGCGCGGGACGAGGAGGCAGGCCGCUCCCACAGCACCAAGAAGGGCGCCUUCCACGAGAUCUUCAACCUGGCGGAGCUGGAGCGCCCUCUAGCGGUGUGUGAGAACGGCUGGAGGUGCUGCCUGAUCAACAGAGACCGCAAGAUGCCGACGGACUACAUCAGGAACGGAGUGCUGUACGUCACAGAGAAUUACCUAUGCUUUGAGAGCUCCAGUUCCCGCUCAAGUUCCUCCAAGAAGAAUAAAGUCAUCAAGUUGAUCGACAUCACAGACAUCCAGAAGUACAAGGUCCUCUCCGUCCUACCAGGAAGUGGAAUGGGCAUCUCCAUAGCAACCCCCGCCACUCAGAAGCCGUUGGUGUUUGGCGCCAUGAUCCACCGGGACGAGGCGUUCGAGGCCAUCUUCACCCAGUACAUGAAGAUCAUGACCACCCCCAAACCUCCAGGCAACCCCGAGCUCUAGCCCGGCACGGCCCCAGCCACAGAGCCCCUGGCUGGGCUCCACGGCAGGGCCCGGGGGGGGGUCCACUCUGGAGGAGGAGGAGGAGGAGACGCCCUGCAGAGGGGUCGGACGUCCGAUGGUCACAUGGUCCUGCUCAGAGGAGGAGGGGGCUGGGCGUAGGGUUUGGGGGAAUGUUCAGACAUGAAUGGGAUCGGUUUAACAAUGGAGGGUGGGGUGGGGUGGGGGGGGGGAGAGCUAUGAGACAGGUGAGACUGUGGUUCUGACUAAUCAGGAAAGAGAGGGAGCUGGCUCUCCCGCUCUAGCGUCUGAAUGGCCGAGCGGCGGAGUGGCGGACACGAGGAUACACUGGACCAGCGCGUCGCUUGGCCAUGUUUUUUUUUCUUCCUGUGCGAUAGUGUGUGUCGGGUGAUUUCUGAUUGGUUCGCUUAAAAUCUGCCGUUUUGUGUUUGACGCAGAAUAAUUGUGUUUGACGCAGUGGCCGUUGUUUCAAGAACCACUUUGCCCAACCACGUAACUCACAACUCUCCAGUUUAAUGUGGAAAAAUACAGUAUUUCAGUUUAGAUUCAUAUGGACGACAAAACAUCAUCUUCUGGCAGUUAAAAACGCGUCAUUACGCGACUUUGAAAUAGCUUGACGCUAUUGUGGAAGUGUUGGUACUUUGAGCUGUGGUCGAUUUCUUUUGUGUUUAUUAAGCUUAGUGCUUGAACAGGAUUCUCUUUCUGAGGGUUCCCUGUCGUCUCAUGAUUACUCUUUCUUUCUUCAUCACAUGUGAAAACAGAGUUCGGUGGUGUGGUUGUCCGUGGAACUCAAAAGCUAAAACAAAUGCUCCUUUUUGCAUCUCUAUGGUGUUUGUUAAUUUAUGAUGCUGAAACACGUCUGUUUUUCGAAAUGCCUUUCUAUUGUAAACUUUUUUUUUUUUUUGGGGGGGGGGGGGGGGGGGGGUUGUUUUCUAACAAGCUUUUGAGUUCGGCAGUCUUAACUUACUGCUGCCUCGUCUGUUUUCUGAAGUUCUUCCCAAGAACACGUGGAAUGGAUCACUGGAAUACCUACGGCUCCGUCCACGAGUCGCACUCAAAGCUUUUCUUCUGUCCGAUGCGUCUCGUCGAGAUCUGGUUGUGAAUAAUUUCAUGUGACUGUAAAUCAAAUGCAUCCGCGUUCGUUUUUGAUAUCGUUUCGUAAUUAUUCACGACGGAGGACGGAGCGUUUGUGUGCAAAAUUUGUAAGCGGUGUCAAAGUGACGUGUUGAACGAGUCUCUGUUGAUCCUAAAGUAUGGCCUAGCCUCCGUUCUUCAAAGCCCACCAAACUACGGAACAUACCGGACACUUCAAAGGCACUUUACCAUGAGCAGCCAUUCAGGGGAGCAGAAGCUGGUCUUCUGGCUGACCGGAGAAUGGUUUUCAUAUGCCAACCUGUACGACCACUGACUGGAUCACUGGAAGUUCUGCUUCAAUGUGUUCAGCCCGUCACAAAUCUAAAACAGUAUACUAGACCCGGCCUGAGUUAUUUCAGGCCGUCACCGCUUGUGGUUCUAGAGCAAAUAGAUAAAUAGACAAAAACUUAAAAUGACACCCGUCAAGGUUGUGAACUGGGUAUGAAGUUGCCUUCGCUGCAACAGACCGGUUUCCACGGGCCAAAUAGAUAUUAAUGUAACACUGUAAAAACCUAUAACCAAGUUCUGGUAAUACGGACCGUUCUCGUAAUACAGAACGUUCGAUUAUGAGGACGUAAUACGUUUCACAUAAUCUCGGAAUACGUUUUACACCCUGGCCUGUGUCGAAUGGGCUGCCUUGAAAACUGGAGAAUCCACAAGUAUUUUUUCGUUUAGGGAAUAAAUUAGAAACAUUUAUGGGAGCCCUGCUUGACAGGGGAAGGUUAUCAUAUCUAGCUCACUGUGUGUUGACUGGGUGGCAGAAUCAGAAUGAAUUCAUAGCUCAAAUCAAGGCUGAAUUUGGAAUCUGUUGAAUCAAUGUGUUUAUUUAUAGUCUCAUUCUACAGCCAGAACCUAUAGUUUGAUUAUUUAGUGUCAUUCUAUAUAGGCUGAAUUUAUAGUUGGAAUAUAUAGACUGAAUCUACAGGUUCAAUCUAGUUUGAACUAUAGGUUGAAUGUAUAGUCUCUGAAUCAACGGGUUGAAUCUAUUGUCUUAUUCUAUAGACUUAAGCUAUAGGUUGAUUCUAUAGGCGGAAUCUAUGGUUGGAACUGUCUCAUUCUUCAGUCAGAAUCUGUAGCUUAAAUCUAUAGGCUGAAUCUAUAGUUUAAUUCUAUAGUCUUAAAGCCUUCAUCCGAAGCCUUUUCGUGUCUCUGAACUUAUCUCUGAGUGGAGUAGAGUUUGGCUUUAUGAAACUCCGAGGAAGCACAGAAUGUAACAUGUUGCAUAUUAAAUGUAAUGCACCAGAUUACAUGUAACCUGUAA